CCGCAGCACCGGAUGCGGCCGUGACGUGCCGGAGGUGGGGCAGAGACGCUCGUUUGCCCGCGGCGCUUCACGGCAUCGGUGCCCAUAAUGUGUUUCUUGAUUCCGUGUUUGUUUGUGGCCCGAGAGGAAACUUCCUCGUGUGCUUAAAUUCGGUGUCGUGGUUUAAGUGCCGUUUGCCGACAAUGAUUUGCAAGGAACAAAUAGUUCAGGAUCGUUGGGUGGUCUUGAUGUCCGUAGAAGAAUCCCUAUAAAGCUUAUUUCAAAGCAGACCAAUAAGACCAAACCUGCACCUCGAACUCCAAGGAAUAUGAACAGGAUGCCUGCGAAGACACAAGCUGGUGAUGAAGAAGAAUUUGAUUAUAACAAGGAGGAGCGAUACGAAUGUAAAGGAGGUGAAAUGUUUGGCAAUCAAAGGAGAUUUCCUGGACCCAUUUUUUGGGAUUAUAAGAUAAACUUGCUGGGAGAAAAGGAUGAUACACCAGUCCAUUUCUGUGAUAAGUGUGGAUUGCCCAUCAAAAUGUAUGGACGCAUGAUACCUUGCAAGCAUGUUUUCUGCUAUGACUGUGCUAUACUACAUGAGAAAAAGGGAGACAAGAUGUGUCCAGGCUGCAACGAACCUGUGCAGCGAAUCGAGCAGUGUGUCCGAGGGUCUCUCUUCAUGUGUAGCAUUGUUCAAGGAUGCAAGAGAACUUACCUGUCACAGAGGGACUUACAAGCUCACAUCAACCACCGGCACAUGAGAGCUGGCAAGCCUGUAACUCGUCCUCCCAUCGAACCCGUACACCCUCCUAUCGCCCCGCCGCCCGCCGAGAUUCCCGAGCGUUUCAUAAUGCCCCCGGAGAAGCACCACUUGAGCCACAUUCCGCCCAAGCAGCACAUCAUGAUGCCACCUCCUCCUCUGCAGCACGUGCCACACGAGCACUACAACCAGCCCCACGAGGACAUCCGUGCUCCUCCCGCAGAGAUGUCCAUGGCCCCGCCGCCCCCCCGCCCCGUCAGUCAGGACACCUUCCGCAUCUCCACGAGGAAACACAGCAACCUAAUAACUGUCCCCAUCCAGGAUGAUUCCAACUCGGGCGCUCGAGAGCCGCCCCCACCGGCGCCCGCACCCGCUCACCAUCACCCCGAGUACCAGGGCCAGCCGGUGGUGUCGCACCCUCAUCACAUCAUGCCUCCCCAGCAGCACUACGCGCCGCCCCCGCCGCCGCCGCCACCCAUCAGCCACCCGCUGCAGCACCCUCCGCAGGCGGCAGGCACCCCCCACAUGGUGUACAGCCAGGCCCCACCGCCCCCCAUGACCUCUGCCCCGCCGCCCAUCACCCCGCCGCCCGGACACAUCAUUGCCCAGAUGCCGCCCUACAUGAACCAUCCUCCUCCGGGACCUCCCCCUCCGCAGCACGGAGGCCCACCUGUAAAUGUCAGUGCUCCCCCUCCUCAUCACUAUAACCCCAACUCUUUGCCACAGUUCAGUGAAGAUCAAGGAACUCUUAGUCCCCCUUUCACACAGCCUGGGGGAAUGAGUCCAGGGAUAUGGCCAGCUCCAAGGGGGCCGCCUCCACCUCCGAGGAUGCAAGGGCCUCCUGCUCAGGCCCCCCUUCCUGGACCACAUCACCCUGAUCAAGCCAGAUACAGACCCUAUUACCAAUGAUACAAGCAACUAUAUGAAUAGAGAAUGCCAUGAAGAGGAUAAAACUAAAUACAGAAGCCUUUUAAUUAAUUGUUUUGGGGUUAUUUUGUUGUGGUUUUUUUAAGAAUACUGUCAUUUUGACUGUAAGACAUUUUGAGGUUUGAAUCUUAAAUGAUUUUUAAGCCUUGGCUGUAGGACUCUUAACUUCAAAUACUCUGUAGUGCUAAAAUAAGUGGCUUAGUAGACCACAGUUGCAUUUUAACAGAACUCCUGUUGCUAGUGUGGCUAAAUUGUCCUAAGAUGAUCACUUGUAAUAUUAUUUCCUGGAGAAGAUGAACACGUGUUGUACCAUUCUGAAUAUUGUUUUUGUUAAACCCGGUGUUUUUGUUAACCUGUGUACAAUAAUUAAAUUUAAAUAUGGUUGUAAA